AUGCUCUACUGGAUAAAAAGGACCGGGACCGGGGGCGGGUCCGAGACCCCCGACGACCUCAGCAUGUCCAAGACCGACAUCCUGAGAGGGAUCGUCACCGAGAAGCUGACCACGGCCGCGCGGGAAAUCCUCGCGGUUGUCGAGAGGACCGUGGCCGGGUACGAGGAGGAGGCGUCGGGCUUCAGGCGGGAGAUCGACCGGCAGCGGAGGCAGCUGGAGCUCCUGCAGCCGCAGGGGAUCCCCACCCUGCUGUUGGCUGCUGGGAGUUUUGAUGCGGUUUUGGCCAUAACGGGGUUCUCCACCUGGCUUGGGAUCGCCUUCUCUACAGGUUUGACGUGGAUGAACAUCCUGGGGGGUCUGCUGGCGGUGGUAGGUGGGGUGAUAGCCGGACUCAUCCUAGGUCUGUUCCUGUGCUGCGUCCCCAGCAAAGACCAGGAGGACCUGGUGUUGAAGAGGACUCUCAUGCUGUUGGGUCUGUCCAUAUUCUCGGUCUUCUUCAGUCGCGUUAUUGGUUUUUCAGGAGCCGGCAGUCUCUCGGUGCUGUUCCUCUCCUUCCUGGCUGCUCUGGGCUGGAAGACCGACAAGGCUCCGGUUGCGGCCAUGGUGGGCCGGUCCUGGGACGUCUUCCAGCCGCUCCUCUUCGGUCUGAUCGGAGCAGAGAUCUCCAUAAAGACCCUCAGCCCCAGCACCGUGGGUCUGGGUCUGGCCUGCAUCGGCGUGGGUGUGGUGGUCCGCCUGCUUGUCGCCUUCCUGGUGGUUCACUUCGGGGGAUUCAACCUGAAGGAGAAACUCUUCAUCUCAGUGGCCUGGCUGCCCAAAGCCACCGUACAGGCUGCGAUCGGCUCCAAGGCGUUGGACCUGGCGAGGGAGGAGGGGGACGAGACGUCCAUUAAGCUAGGCUUGGACGUGCUAACGUUAGCCGUGCUAGCCAUCCUGACCACAGCUCCCAUCGGAGCGCUGGGGAUCGGACUGGCGGGACCACGCCUACUGGCCCGCAAGGUCAAAGAUGACGCAGAAGACGGCGCCACGACUCCGAGCGCCGAUGGGAUUGGUCGAGGAAAAGACAGCGUGACCCUGGAGAGACAUUCAAUGAUAUUGAAUCCCGUCACAUCAUAACUUAGUCUUGAAACCGUGUUACUGCUGAGAAAACACAACAGCUCAACAAAUAUUAUGGAAACUGUUUGAAAUGAGAGCGUUUCUUUGUUGAAAGCAAG